GAGCGCUAUACAACACAGCCUCCGCCGGCCGGCCCCCAACACACGUGCUCGCCGCACCAGAAGCCCGAUUAUGGACUUCCAGAGUGCGAUGGAGACGUUCGCCGAGGCCUGGGUCGCCGCCAACACCAAGCCGCCGCUGCCGCUCCAGCCGCAGCCUGUCUCCCUCGCCCACCAGCAGGAACAACAGACUCAGGCAAUCUCGUUGACAACGAGUCCAAGUAGAUCACCGACCCUUCCGCCCCCGGCCGCCCCGCCGCCCCUGCCACCCCCGUCCAGGAACUCCGAGGAAUCGUCGAUGCGGGCGAACUCGCCGGCGUCCCGCAAGUCGUCCACGUCUCCAGCCCAGCAGAGCGAGUCUGCCCAAGAGGGUAUCAACCUGUCACCAAACAGCAAAGAUUACGAGGCCCGCAAGAGUAAGAACAUCCCCGUGCACUGCAUUGUGGAGUUCAUAGUGCCCGAAGAGUCUGGACCUCACCCACGAAAAAACAGGGUCAUCGUGGACAACGACACGUUCGCGAUCAUUCCAGGUCACACCCAAGUCAGCGAAUUGCUCCAAGUCGCCCUCUUUAGAAUGGGAUAUCCCAACGAUUUGGCAUACUUCGCGAAAGGUUUUGUGGGGCUAAAACAUUGGAAUCGGCUACCGCUGGACAAAAUUGUAGACGACCCUGCGAUCACGGUUGGUCUCAUUUGGGGCGAGCUGACCUCAAUCGCCACUUUGCACAUUGAAAUCGUGAGAUCUCGCCAGUCGACCAUCCUGGAAAUCAAGGACAAACUGCUGCGGCUAUUGCUGCUGCAGUCACACUCGAUGCUGCUUUCCUCAGGAUGUCCUCUCGAUGAGGUAGGUGGAUUCCUGACGCAAAUUUGCCGGGGCCAGAAUCCCACUUCGGAGCCGAACGACGAGACGAAACGGCGUUUCGAGCAGUGGCUCGCCGUGCACCAGCAGCCCACUGGGGUGCACCAGAUGAUUGGGGCUGCAGCAGUCCCUCCGCCCCCGCACCCCUCGCCGUCGAUGAUGGGCCACCACCCGUCGAUGGCCUCCCUGCCGCGGCCGACGCCGCACUUCGGCGACCACCGCCGGCUGCCCAUCUCGCCGACCAAACUAGAAUCGCUCGCCCAGCACCCUGGCAUGCCCGACCACAUGCACCCCGCUUUGCAGACUGUGCAGAGCCAGUAUCCGACGCAGAAGACGCGGAUGCGUACCAGCUUCGACCCUGAGCUCGAGCUGCCAAAGCUGCAGAGGUGGUUCGCCGAGAACCAGCACCCAAGCCGACACCAGAUCCAGCAGUACGUAAAGGAGCUGAACGCGCUGGACUCGCGGCGCGGGCGGAAGCCGUUGGACGUCAACAACGUGGUUUACUGGUUCAAAAACGCGCGGGCGGCGCAGAAGCGGGCCGAACUGCGUCUACACAUGAACGGCUACAGCAACGGGCCUUUGGGCCUGGGCGGCGGGCUGGGCGGGCCGAACCACCACAUGCACCUGGGUGGCGGCAUGCCGGUGCUCAAGUCGCCGCCGAUGAGCCACAACGAGGGCUCGCUGUCCGACGGCGAGGAGGCCGACCUGCGGCGGAUGCACCAAAUUCAGACGUCGCCCUACUCGCUGGUCACCAACAGCCGCAACUCGCUGCUCAGCCACCUGGCCCGCAGCGGCCGAGACGAGGAGGAAAGCGACGACGACCUGGAGGAAGAGGAGGACUCUUCGAAUCCGACGCCGUCGCGCAACUCGUCCAGUCCGCACGCCAACCAGCUGGAGACAAUGUCCAAUGAGCAGCCCCUGCAGCUCACCUGCAAUAAGGACGACGACCAGGACAAACGCAGCGAGCCGGACGUGAAGAAGGAGGCGUCGUCGCCCAAGGAGGAGGCGUCCGAGAACGAAGAAGAUCAGCGGCCCAACACGGCGCCGAGCAGCCUCCACGCCGGUUCCCCGGACGACGGGCCGGAAGAGGAGGAAAUCCACCGUCCGCCGUCCCGAAACUCGGACUUUGGACCCGGAGCCCUGGUGCCCCGCACGCCCGGAGCUCCACUGUCCGACCGCGGCUUUCCGCUGGUGCCCAACAACAAUUUGUUCAGCCACAGCAUCAUGUACAUGAGCCACUACAUCCCCAGUUUGCAGCAGCAGGUGUCAGCGGCCGCGGGGCUCAACCUGGCGGCGGCUGCGGCCGCCGCCCACCUGGCGGUGGCGAACGCGGACGACCGCCGCAAGCGGAACCGCACCUUCAUCGACCCGGUGACCGAGGUGCCGCGGCUCGAGCAGUGGUUCGGCAUGAACACGCACCCGUCCCACAACCUCAUCCUCAAGUACACCGAAGAGCUCAACCGGAUGGCCUACAGGCAGAAGUUCCCCAAGCUCGAGCCCAAGAACGUGCAGUUCUGGUUCAAGAACCGACGCGCCAAGUGCAAGCGGCUCAAGAUGACCCUGCCCCUCUAAGCUCACAACCCCCACUCCGCUCCCAUCGUAAAUGAUAUUUCUUCGUGAUUUGUUCGAAAUUGGAAUGCCCGAACAGAAAAAUAGUGAUAUGACCGAAAAGACGGCCUAGUGUUCCAAAAAUUGAUCAGCUGGAUUAAAACUAGACUUUUUUACUUGUGAUUUUUUUUUAUCAAAAAUGUGAUACGAUGAGACCACUCAAAUUUGAAAUAUUUUAGUGAGAAAUUACUUUUCAAUGUCACUUUAGACUUGGUCAUAAAGAGAGUUUUGCUUUUUUGCUCAUAAGUCUUUUACUUUAGCAAAAAGUGAUUCGGCUUCACGGGACGAAUGUCUAGCGUUUCAAUGCAGUCCUCGGUGCGGAGGCAAGUGGCCCUUGAGUGGGCUGGGUCCCUGUGCGGCCUGGUGCGCCCAUGUUAUCCGUUCGCGGUGUUAUUGGGACCCGGGUUUCAGCAUUCGUGCUAGUGCAGUGCGCGCCCUUCCCGGUCCGAGAGAACAGGGAUAAAAAUAGCAAAAAAACGCCCAGAAACAUGCCCGAAAUUUUAAGAUACACUAAAUUAUUUUACUUUUGUGUUUUUAACUUAAACUGUUCAUCAAUUCUAACAGUUUUCAUCGUGCUCAACAGGCACAGAUUAUAGCUGCAAUUAACUUUUAAUGAUUUCGAAAACAGAACAAUUUUGCUUCGAAAUUAAAAGACUGCGCACUCUUGUUAAUGUGUCACCGCUAGAUUAAAAAAUCUUCGUCACCUCAUGAGAUCAAAGCUAACAACCGAUCUCAAGGUGAGAGGAAAAAUUCAGUCUGAACAGAUAUCCGAUUUUUUUAUCGUGAGAAUCUAUUCAUUAAUUCCCUCCGCUUCCAGCACCAUUAUUUCUCCUUCUAAUGAAAUGUUUUUCCGUCAUACAUGAUUAAGGACGAGUCGAACUUGACACCCAGAAUUCUCUUAAGCUGGAGAAAAAAUUUCGGGCAUUUCACAAACUACGUUUUUGGGAAUUCCAAUUUCGGCCGAAACACGGGACACCCAUCGUGCAUGUAUAGGUUGUGAAGAUCGUCGUCUGUGUAUGGUUGUAGGCCGCACGGGCCACCGCAAAUUCAUGUUGUGAAACUCAAACACUAAAAUGUAUAAAUAUCGCGAAAAGAAUCUAGAUCUCUGUCGAACCAUUCCACGUAAAAAGAAAAAUCAAAUAAGACGACUAUAGCUGUAAUAAAGAUUUAAAUUACGACCACAAUAAAGCUUUUACAUACUCACCCCGGGCGAUUCAAAAGACACUAAAGCACAUUUUUAUUGAUUGAUAUUCUAGCUUAUUUCGCGACGCAGUUGUUUAGUUUUGAUACGGAGAUUGUUGGAUUCCUGCUCGGUUGUUUUGAUUAAGUUUAGAACCAAGGUUAUUGGAUGAGAUGAGUGUUCGAAAUGUAGUCACUUUGCCGUUGCUUAAUUUAUAAUUGUGAUACUAUGUAUAGUAAGUUUUAGACCGCAAAAGACAAGAUUCACAAUUGGUUGCCAAGCGUUUUUAUGAUCACCCUUGUUACACACUUUGAGUAUUACACUUAAUUUUUUUCCUAACGAAUAAAUAAGUGUGUGCACAUAAGUUAACUGUAAUAAACAUUAGUAUUUAAACAGAAUGUAUAUGGUCAACAAUAAUAAAAAAAAACUGAAU